CACGUGCUUGUUAUCGUGGUUAGGUUGUAAUCUCAAGCGAAGUUUAAUUUGUGAAAUUUAAUAGAUAUGUCUUAACGCCAAUCAUGUCUACAUGUAAGAUUCAUAAUGUGAGAUUUUAUAAUUUGGAACCAAGAGCGGCAACUUGCUUAACCUAUGAACGCCGACAUAAAAAACUGGCACUUUCGAGAAACGACAAUUCGAUCGAAAUAUGGAACGUGGCAAAUGCUCCGUUUUUGGAAAACACCAUACCUGGACAUCCAGAAGGAUGCGUCGAAACCGUUCUAUGGGUUGGAUCCAGACUAUUUUCGACUGGGUUAAGCGGUAUGAUUAUGGAAUAUGACUUAACGCAAUUGGGUAUUAAAGCCGAGACUGCGGUGACAGGAGGAGCGGCUUGGUGCAUGAGUGUAAAUAGAGAAAAUACUCGUUUAGCCAUUGGUACGGAGGAUGGUUAUAUAAACACCUUUACUGUUACAAAUGAUUCCUUACUUUACGAGAGGAUCUUUGAUAAACAGAAAGGAAGAAUAUUAUGUAUCGAAUGGGACAAUACCGGUGAAAUGAUUUUCACUGGUUCUACCGACACUGUAAGAGUAUGGAAUGCAAUUACCGGUCAUGCAAUUCAUAAGAUGAUCACGUCUAGAAAAGAAGGAAAGAAAGAGACAAUAAUCUGGUGCUUGGCGGUGACCGAUGACAACCUCAUAGUUUCGGGAGAUUCCCGGGGUAUUUUGUCAUUUUGGGAUCCCCAUAUGGGAACUUUAAUCGAAGCCCAUGAAAGUCAUUCCGCGGAUAUACUUGCUAUUGCAAUGUCUCGCGAAACUAAUAUGGUGUAUUGCGCUGGCGUGGAUCCAGUAGUGCGAACUUUUUCUAGGGUACUUCUUAAAUCCACAGGAAAGGCACAUUGGGUAAAAGGAAUCGAAAGGAGACUUCAUACUCAUGACGUUAGAGCUUUAGUGGAAGCUAAUGGAAAGUUGUACUCUGCUGGAGUAGAUGGGUAUUUGGCUCAGUCGAGCUACCCUCCAAAAAUGCUUGUGAAAUAUCCCCCAUUAUUACAACCACCGUGUGUGACCGUUUGUAAAAAGUCGAGGUGCAUUUUGUUGAGAUAUACAAACUAUUUAGAAUUAUGGAAAUUGGCGUCUACAAGUAAAACGUCACAGAACUCCUCCCAUGUUCAAACGACGCAUUGGCUCGGAGAAGAGCCAAUAAAAUUGCUUCAACUAAAAACGAAAGGUGACGAGCCUAUAAUUUCCUGUGCAAUUAAUAAAGACUCUAAAACAAUCGUGUACUCAACCGACACUCAUGUUAGAGUUUUCAAUUUUGACGUAAUCGAUGGUGACGCUCAAUUGGCUAGGAAUGACAUCGACUUAACUUUGCCCAGGGUGCAGAAAAUGUUGUUCAGCCCAAACGGAAAGCUCUUUGUGGCCAUUAAUAACGAUGGAAAUGGGAACACGAUAGUUUUCUUCCGAGUUGAGAAGAAACUUCUCUGGCUAGCAGGCUCCGUUCGUACUCCAAAAGAUUCCAUGGAUAAUAUCGGCUUGAUGUGUUUUUCACCCGACAGUGGCUACUUACUCUGUGCCGACCAACGAAGUCGUAUCGUUGUAUAUAAAAUUGACAGAGAACUUUCCACAGAAUCUAUCCAAUCGUGGUAUUUACCAAAAUACAACUGUGCACCAACUGCGAUAGCUGUCCAAAAGAGCACCCUGAACUUGGUCAUCGUUUACUCCGAUCACAAGAUCCUCGAGUAUAACAUCCCGAAGAGGCAGUUCACCGAAUUUUCCAACAACCUCGAGAGUCGUUUACCGCAUCAGUGGCUCGCUCGGCCAUUUCCAGUCACCAAUGUUACUUUCGAUCCGAACAACGAGAACGUAAUUAUUUUACACGAUGACACAACCGUUUACGUCAUUGACAAGAACAAAAGUCUUCCGAGGAACGAAGCUAAAAUCCCGAAGCUCGAAAACGGCGAAUCUACGGAAGAUAGCAGUUCGGGUUCUUAUUCCCAGUCCCAGCACGCUUUUCAUAUGGCGAAGAAGUACAAGCACCUGGUGCACCUGGCGUGGCUGAACGACAGCGAAAUGGUGGCGGUGGAAGUGGAUCCUACUUCUUUAAUCGAAAAAUUACCUCCGACGCUCAAGCAAAAGUAUUAUGGCAUGUAAUUCAUGAAGGACUCCUGAUGAAGAUGAUAGUUCCGACAAACCAUGUUCCUUUGUCUGCAGUUUAAUGGAUAAGAUUCCCCCGUACCUUGCAUAUCUACCGAGGAAACAGGUAACAUAUACCUGAACAUUUACGGCUCGACUGAAAGAACGCAAAUAGCUCUUUCCCAACCAUUGUCGGUACUUUUCUCACAUUUGAUAAGAUAUAAUUGAGGGGAUUAGAAGGUGAUCUUACGGCAUUAUCAACGAUCUCUGAUUCUUACCGAUUUUAAACGUAAAUAUAAGGAGCAUUCUGAAACUUCAA